UAUUUUGAGUAUAUUUUAUUUUAAAGUUUUUAUUUAUCUUACUGAAAUUCAAAUAAUAAUAAUCAGGUAUGCUUAAACUCACAAAUAUAUUAGGUAAGCAACUCAGGACUUCUCUUCCAGGACUCAGAACUGACAAAAAUAGAACUUUUUCAGUUAGCUUUAAGUUGUCUAAAAAAUACAAGUAUGAUUUAAAUUUUGCCAAACAUCAGCCAAGUGGUUCUGGUGGUAUCGGAGGACGAAAAAGACAAAAUUCUGUGCUAGUCGACGGAACUUUAAUAAAUUUUUUUGAUUUGGGCGAAGAAGAAACUAAAAGUUACUCAUAUGAAAAAAGUCCAAAACAAAGUGCUUAUGCUGAGAUUGUUAAGACUGCUGUUGAGAGUUUGUUUUUAUCAACGGAAUUGCCAGAACCACUGCAAAGCGGCACUAUUGAAGUGGUGAAGGUGGAAGUUGGACCAAGUCUCUGCUCUGCAAACGUAAUCUGGAAGUGUCCGCAAUUCGAAGGAAAUUUGGAGAAAAAGAGUGAAAUAGAAAAGGCAUUAGAAACGAAUUUAAAGCAAAUUAGACUGCUGCUACCAGCUUACUCCACUGUAACUCAAACACCUGUUGUCACUUUUCAGUACGACAAGUUUACACAACAAGAAGAAGACAUAGAUAAGUUAUUCGAAAUUGUUUCAAGAACAAAAAAAGAUUUUGAAACAUAGUCAUUUUUAGAUCAGAAACGUUUUAAUAAUGGGUUUUCUCUUACGUGUUUCAAUCUUUUGGGCGUUUGUUUCGCUUUUUUUGCUUGCGAUUGUUAUAAAACUUGAUGGAAGCGCUGGAAAAGACUGGUCAUGGUACAUUAUAUUUGUUCCUAUGUGGGUUUAUGACUUAUUUGCUGUUUUAUUUUUGGUUUUGUCACUGUUUUGUCAAAUAAGUCGUCGAAAUAAUACAUAUUUCAAUUGUUUUACGACUUCGCGUAAAUUUUGGCUGCUAUUGUUAUUUUCCUUAAAAAUUUCUUUUGCUUUGACACUUUGUGCAAAACUAGAUGGAUUUAUUAAAUUGUCAUAUGUUUUUGUGUUUAUACCGCUGUGGCUUUUUCUUGUAUUAAUAACAGGUGACGCAUAUAUUGCAACGUAUAUUGAAGCUGUAAAAACUCAUGUUAACUGAGAAUAGAACAUUUUAAAGCAAAAAAUGAUCAGGUAUAAUAUAAAUGUAUGCUGUGUAAACAUGUAUGUCGAAAAAUUUGUAACUGAAUUUAAAACAAAAACAAUUUUUAACUAUUUUUAUGUUUUUGCAAUAAUGUAUAUUGAUUUAUAAAAUCGUUAUUGUAAGAUAAAAUUUUCUUUUUGUUUUUAAUAAAUGGUUCUUUAUUGCUCGGCCUAAACGGGAGUGAGAAAUUUGGGGAAAAGUUUAUUUGGAUCUGGUUAACAACAAUUUAAAAAAAAAAAAAAACACUUUAAAAACGCUUGCUUUCAGAGUUUUUUAGUUGAAGUUAUUUUUAUUUCAGUUUUUUGAAACCACUCUUUUUGAGAUGGCUAAUAUAAAAGAAAUUGUUGAAAACUUAUUAAAAACACCUUCUUUUUUUUAAUUUUUGACCCUUUUUUUAAAACCGGGCAAAUUUUGUUAGGGUAUUUUUGCGAAAUCACGCGGUGUGUGCUUUAAUUUAACAUUUUAUCUAGAAGCUAAUUGUAAAAGAUUGAUACAAAUAAAUUAGUUUCAAAAAGUUAA